UCGUCAGGGCCAUUCUCCGGCUCCCCCCACUCCAGCUGCAAGUCCCGCGAAGACCAGUCAUGACUUCCUACACGGACAAGGGCCAGAAGCCCGAGAGAGGCCGAUUCCUCCACUUCCACUCUGUCACCUUCUGGGUUGGCAAUGCCAAGCAGGCCGCCUCCUUCUACUGCAGCAAGAUGGGCUUCGAGCCCCUGGCCUACAAGGGCCUGGAGACCGGGUCCCGGGAGGUGGUCAGCCACGUGGUCAGGCAGGGGAAGAUCGUGUUUGUCCUCUGCUCUGCCCUCAACCCCUGGAACAGAGAGAUGGGCGACCACCUGGUGAAGCACGGGGACGGCGUGAAGGACAUCGCCUUCGAGGUCGAGGACUGUGACUACAUCGUGCAGAAAGCGCGGGAACGGGGCGCCAAGAUCGUGCGGGAGCCCUGGGUGGAGGAGGACAAGUUCGGGAAGGUGAAGUUCGCCGUGCUGCAGACGUACGGGGACACGACACACACCCUGGUGGAGAAGAUCAACUACACUGGCCGCUUCCUGCCCGGCUUCGAGGCCCCGACGUUCAUGGACCCCCUCCUGUCCAAGCUGCCCAUCUGCAACCUGGAGGUGAUCGACCACAUCGUGGGGAACCAGCCGGACCAGGAGAUGCUGUCUGCCUCCGACUGGUACCUCAAGAACCUGCAGUUCCACCGCUUCUGGUCAGUGGACGACACGCAGGUGCACACGGAGUACAGCUCCCUGCGCUCCAUCGUGGUGGCCAACUACGAGGAGUCCAUCAAGAUGCCCAUCAACGAGCCGGCUCCCGGCAAGAAGAAGUCCCAGAUCCAGGAGUACGUGGACUACAACGGCGGGGCCGGGGUGCAGCACAUCGCGCUCAAGACCCAGGACAUCAUCAAGGCGAUCCGUCACCUGAGAGAGCGGGGCAUGGAGUUCCUGGCGGUGCCGUCCACCUACUACAAACAGCUCCGGGAAAGGCUCAAGACGGCCAAGAUCCGCGUGAAGGAGAGCAUUGAUGUCCUGGAGGAGCUGAAGAUCCUGGUGGACUACGACGAGAAGGGCUACCUGCUGCAGAUCUUCACCAAGCCCAUGCAGGACCGGCCCACGCUCUUCCUGGAGGUCAUCCAGCGCAACAACCACCAGGGCUUCGGGGCCGGCAACUUCAACUCGCUGUUCAAGGCUUUCGAGGAGGAGCAGGAUCUGCGCGGCAACCUCACCGACAUGGAGACCAACGGGGUGCGCGGCAUGUAGGGGCCGCGGUCGCGGCCGAGCCGCCGAGGCCCCGCCCACCCGCGCGCACGCCUGGCCACGCCCCCGGCCCCGAAACACGCCCCUCCCGUUAGGGCCCGCCCUCGAGCCACGCCCACCUCCUGGCCACGCCUCCUCGGCAGGGCCACUCCCCGCUCUCCGCCUUCGGAAAUAAAGCG